GACGGGAUGACAGUGGCGACGAAUCAGGCUGCAGGACACCACGUCAGAUAGCAGCAGUGAGCGGUCGUCAGGCGUCAGGUGUAGUCAGUGGUUGGUCAUCUUCAAGUAAAUCGUAAUAAACACAAACGUCAUGGCGGAACAGGAAGACUUGGCUACAGCUAUACUGAAGGAGAAGAAAAAGCCCAACCGCCUCGUUGUUGAGGAUGCGGUCAACGAUGACAAUUCUGUGGUGGCGCUGAGUCAGGCCAAGAUGGAUGAGCUCCAGCUCUUCCGGGGUGACACGGUGCUCAUCAAGGGCAAGAAGCGUAAACAGACAGUCUGCAUUGUACUCUCAGAUGACACCAUGUCUGAUGACAAAAUCCGCAUGAACCGUGUGGUCAGAAACAACCUACGCAUUCGUUUGGGAGAUAUUGUGGCUAUCCAGCCAUGCCCAGAUGUGAAGUACGGCAAGCGUAUCCAUGUCUUGCCCAUUGAUGACACGGUGGAAGGUUUGACGGGUAACAUCUUUGAGGUAUUCCUUAAACCAUACUUCCUGGAGGCAUAUCGACCCAUUCAUAAAGGUGACUUGUUCCUCGUGCGUGGAGGCAUGAGGGCAGUGGAGUUCAAAGUGGUGGAGACGGAUCCAGCGCCAUAUUGCAUUGUAUCCCAGGACACUGUUAUUUAUUGUGAGGGCGAACCAGUCAAGCGAGAGGAGGAGGAGGAACAGCUUAAUGAGGUGGGUUACGAUGACAUUGGUGGAUGCAGGAAACAGCUCGCACAAAUUAAGGAAAUGGUUGAGUUGCCCCUCCGCCACCCGUCCCUCUUCAAAGCCAUCGGUGUCAAACCCCCGAGAGGCAUAUUGUUGUAUGGGCCGCCAGGUACAGGAAAAACUCUCAUCGCUCGUGCUGUUGCCAAUGAGACUGGAGCCUUUUUCUUCCUUAUAAAUGGGCCUGAAAUUAUGUCUAAAUUAGCAGGAGAGUCUGAGAGUAAUCUUCGAAAGGCAUUUGAGGAGGCAGAGAAGAACUCUCCUGCCAUAAUAUUUAUAGAUGAAAUUGAUGCCAUCGCACCAAAGCGUGAAAAGACACACGGAGAGGUGGAGCGACGCAUAGUAUCUCAGUUGUUGACGUUGAUGGACGGCCUGAAGCAGCGAUCGCAUGUUAUUGUUAUGGCUGCUACCAACAGACCAAAUUCCAUUGAUCCUGCACUGAGGCGAUUUGGUCGUUUUGACAGAGAAGUUGACAUCAGUAUUCCUGACACUACAGGUCGUCUUGAGGUCCUACGUAUCCACACUAAAAACAUGAAGUUGUCUGACGAUGUUGACCUGGAGCAGAUUGCUGCCGAGACUCAUGGCCACGUUGGUGCUGACCUGGCAGCUCUGUGCUCAGAAGCUGCUCUUCAACAAAUCCGAGAAAAGAUGGAUCUCAUUGAUCUUGAUGAUGAUCAGAUUGAUGCUGAGGUACUCAACUCCCUGGCGGUGACAAUGGAGAACUUCAGGUUUGCCAUGGGUAAGAGCACACCAUCAGCCCUCCGUGAGACUGUGGUGGAGGUGCCCAACAUCACCUGGAACGACAUUGGUGGUUUGGAGAAUGUGAAGAGAGAGUUGCAGGAGCUUGUCCAGUAUCCUGUGGAGCACCCAGACAAAUUCCUGAAGUUUGGUAUGACUCCCAGCAAGGGUGUCCUCUUCUAUGGCCCCCCUGGUUGUGGUAAGACCCUGUUAGCAAAGGCUAUUGCCAAUGAAUGCCAGGCCAACUUCAUCUCUAUCAAGGGACCAGAGCUGCUCACCAUGUGGUUUGGUGAAUCAGAAGCUAAUGUGAGAGAUGUGUUUGAUAAGGCCAGAGCUGCUGCUCCGUGUGUGCUGUUCUUCGAUGAAUUGGACAGUAUUGCCAAGGCCAGAGGUGGCUCUGCAGGUGAUGCUGGCGGUGCUGCUGAUCGUGUUAUUAACCAGGUACUAACUGAAAUGGAUGGUAUGGGAGCCAAGAAGAAUGUCUUCAUCAUUGGUGCCACCAACCGACCUGACAUCAUUGACCCGGCCAUCCUACGACCUGGACGUCUGGACCAGUUGAUCUACAUCCCUCUUCCUGAUGAGAAGUCUCGAGUACAGAUUCUUAAGGCUUGCCUGAGGAAGUCCCCGGUGUCCAAGCGAGUUGACCUGGAUUACUUAGCCAAAGUUUCCCAUGGAUUCUCUGGUGCUGAUUUGACUGAGAUUUGCCAGAGAGCUUGCAAACUAGCCAUCAGACAGGCUAUUGAGGCUGACAUCAGGCGAGAGAGAGAACGAGCUGCUGGAGACAAUAUGGAGAUGGAGGAAGAGGAUCCCGUGCCAGAGAUAACUAGGGAUCACUUUGAAGAAGCCAUGAAGUUUGCACGUCGGUCAGUCUCUGACAAUGACAUCCGCAAGUACGAGAUGUUCUCCCAGACGCUGCAGCAGAGUCGAGGUUUUGGUUCCAAUUUCCGUUUCCCAGACCAGCAGGGCCAGGGAGGCAGCGGUCACGGUGGAAACUUUGGUGCAGAUGGCGAGGACGAUGACUUAUAUUCUUAAGGCAUUUUCCAGCCUUUAGGAGAAUGCUUCAGGGAGGAUCUACUUGCAGAAUGAAUGAGAAUCAUUCACGAUUGGUUUGUGUGUAAGUUAUUCAAAAUGUAUGUUGAAGAUAUGAUCAUUCAAGUGUGCAUGUCUUCGACUACACUGACUUAGUUUUGGUCGGGGAGACCUAAAUAUAACAUUAAUACAUCUCGGCAGUCAAUGCUUGACAAACGAUGACCUCCUGCCUCCAUGUAGUUACUUGCAAGUAUGAAGGAUUCAGUUACCCAGGAAGUGUAAAACUUCAACAUUACUCUGGAAGCAAUGUUGAGAGAACAAGGCAUUAGAGCUUGCCAUUGCAGACAAAUUGAAAAUUAAGGGACUAGAAAGUAAU